AUAAUAUUAGCAAUGUCUUCUCCUCAUGUAAUUCUUCUCCCAUACCCUGCUCAAGGUCAUGUUAUCCCAUUCCUUGAGCUUGCAUACUGCUUGGCAGACUCCGGCUUCAAAGUCACCUUCGUCAACACCGAGCACAUCCACGGCCGUGUGACGGAGGCGAUAGCCGCGGUUGAGCAUGACACCGGCAUAAUUAACUUGGUUUCGAUCCCUGAUGGUUUAGAAUCAAUCGAAGAACGUAGUGAUCUUGUCAAGCUCAGUGUUCGAUUAUCCGAGGUUGUUCCAAGAAGUUUGGAAGAACUGAUAGAUAAAGUUAACAAAUCAGGUGAUGGUAGUAAAAUUACAAGCUUGAUUGCUGAUGAAAAUUUGUCAUGGAUAAUGCCCGUAGCGAAGACGAUGGGCCUCCACGCCGUCGCAUUUUGGCCGGCGGCAGCUGCUUCUCUUUCACUCUUGCUUUCAACUUCUAAAUUGGCUGAAGAUGGAGUUAUUGAUGGCAAAACUGGGUUAGCAAAGAUUGAAGAGAAGGUGCAAUUAAGUCCAGGGAUGCCAUCAAUCCUGCCAAGAGAGUUUGCAUGGAAUGGAUUGUUCUGUGAUUUGAAGUCACAGGAAGCAAUCUUCAACAAAAUAAUGGACAUAAACAAAGGUCUAGAUUUUGCAGACAUGCUCAUCUGCAAUUCUUUCCAUGAAAUAGAAGCACCAACCUUCAAAUUCAUGCCCAAAGUACUUCCCAUAGGGCCAUUGCUCUCCGGCCGAAGAACCGGAAAGGCGGUCGGCAACUUUUGGCCGGAGGAUUCAUCUUGCAUAUCUUGGCUGGACAAACAAAACCUAAGCUCAACCAUUUAUGUCGCCUUCGGGAGCUUUACCGUCUUCGAUGAACUACAAUUCAAAGAGCUCGCUCUCGGGCUCGAACUCACCGGCCGGCCAUUCUUAUGGGUUGUGAGGCCAGACUUAACAGACCAAACAUGCAAUGCAUAUCCAGAAGGGUUUAGGGAGAGAAUAAGAAGUAGAGGGUUGAUUGUAGGGUGGUCUCCACAGCAAAGAGUGUUAGCACAUCCUUCAAUUGCAUGCUUUGUGUCACACUGUGGAUGGAACUCAACAAUGGAAGGUGUUACAAAUGGAGUGCCAUUUUUAUGUUGGCCUUACUUCACUGAUCAGUUCAUGAACAAGACUUACAUUUGUGAUGUUUGGAAGAAUGGAUUGGAAGUGAGUUAUGGGGAGGAUAGAGUUGUGAGUAGAGAGGAGAUUUGUGGAAAGAUUGAGAAGCUUUUGGGUGAUGAGAAGAUUAAGACUAAGGCAUUGGCUUUGAAGGAUUUGGCAUUUAAGUCUAUUAGUCAUGGAGGGUCUUCUUUCAAGAACUUCAAUUCAUUGAUUGAGACCAUCAAACAGUGAAAGAGAUCACUCACUGGAUACUAAGUUAUUAUGUGAUUUGUGUGGCUUGAACUUAUGAUUUAUUUCUACUUUGUUUUGUUAAUUCCCAAUAAUUCCAAAGUAAC